GGUGCUGAGGCGACGGACGGAGCGGGUCUGGUGUCUCCCGCAGCCUCCCCUCGGAGGGCUUCGCCAGCCGUCCGCCUCCGGUGGUUUCCUUCACCUCCAGCAGCUCCCCGUCUUACGGCAGGCUGGCAAAAGGCGCCCGCCCGCCCGUCUCUUCACACGAAGUUCCGCCACUCAACGAGGCGGACGCGCCCACGGGGAAAAAAAAAAAAACCCGCCAUGGACAGCUCCGCCGCGCCAGAGAACCUCACGGGCGCUUGGCUGCAGCCUUUCGCCAGGAACGCGACGCCCGACCCGCGGCCAGGUGCCGGCUCGGUUCCCUCGGCGGCGGCGGCGGCUGAGGCGCUGGGCUUGGCUCCUCCGGAAAGCGGCGUCGAGGCUCCCUUCUGGGACGGCAGGCUGAACCACUGGCUGAGCGUCUUCGUGGCGCUGGCGCUGUGCGUGACCAUGCUGGGCUUGGGCUGCACGGUGGAGCUGAGCCAGCUGGGCGCGCAGCUGAGGCGGCCGCUGGGCUUGUUGCUGGCGCUGCUCUGCCAGUUCGGGCUGAUGCCCCUCCUGGCUUUCCUGCUGGCCCUCAUCUUCGCCCUCGACGAGGUGGCCGCCGUGGCCGUCCUGCUCUGCGGCUGCUGCCCCGGAGGGAACCUCUCCAACCUCAUGUCCCUCCUGGUCGACGGAGACAUGAACCUCAGCAUCAUUAUGACGGCAUCCUCCACCUUGCUUGCUUUGAUCCUGAUGCCUCUUUGUCUGUGGAUCUACAGCCGAGCUUGGAUCAAUACCCCAUUAGUGCGCCUGUUGCCCUUGGGGGCUGUCACCCUGACCUUGUGCAGCACUCUGCUCCCCAUUGGCCUUGGGGUCUUCAUCCGCUACAGAUACACAAGACUGGCGGAUAUUCUUGUGAAGAUCUCUUUGUGGUCUCUCCUGGUGACUCUGGUGAUACUUUUCAUUCUCACUGGUACCAUGCUCGGUCCUGAACUUCUGUCUACUAUUCCUGCCACCGUAUAUGUAGUAGCUGUGCUGAUGCCCUUGGCGGGUUACGGCUGUGGCUACGGGAUAGCGACCUUAUUUCGCUUGCCCCCACACAGCAAGCGGACGGUGUCCUUGGAAACUGGCUGCCAGAACGUACAGCUCUGUACCGCUAUCCUCAAGUUGAGCUUCCCCCCACAGUUCAUUGGGAGCAUGUAUAUGUUUCCUUUACUCUACGCCCUCUUUCAAUCCGCUGAAGCUGGGCUGUUCGUACUGGCUUACAAGAUCUACGGAAAGGAUUCGUACAAGCAAGAGCCUCUCGGAGGAGAUAACGAAGAAGAGACAGAUGUUUCUUACAAGAAACUGAAGGAAGAAGAAAUCCCAGAAAUGUCUUAUGGCACAGUAAUUGCUGGAGAUCGUGGUCUGGUGGUUAUGGAGCCGACGCAGACUGUCCUCUAGAGGAAGAAAAGAUCUUUUUUAAAAAAGAACAUCCUGUGUUGAAAUAAACUGGUCAGCCAAGUAGGAGAAACAACAGGGAUCCUGAGCAUUUGUUGUUAUGUUGGGUUUUCUCACUGUGCUUGGAAGUUAUUGUUUUCACAAACUGCACAACUGUAUAAAUCUCUUCAGCUGUUCUCAGAAAAUGAUGCCAUCAUCACAUCAGCACACCAGAAAAGGGAAAGGAACAGGAGAGAGAGGAGAGAGAGAGGGAAAGGGAGAGAGAGAGAGAGAGAGAGAACAUAUUGAUGAAUGUAUUUGAUAACUAUAAAUCUUCGGCAUCAACUGCAUUUGCUGUUAAAAAAAACAAGUCGUGUACCUUGUGUAUUAUUCAGCUUCUACAUUGGAAAGAUUGAAGUAAAGUUGUGUGUGUUUAUGACUGAUUAAAUUACUUGCAAAUA